AUGUCACUCGUAAGCGAACAGUUUUCGUUUGGCGGCGACGUGCCGUUCGAAUGUUACAUUUACGUGGUGAAGAAGGCCGACGGUACGGAGGAGUUUUGGUUCAAAGGGCACGAUGUUGCUGACAUUUUGGAUUACGAGAAACCGCGGGACGCUAUAAAUAAUAAUGUUUAUGUCGCGUGGCGACGUGAAUGGAUCGAUUUACAGGGCGCCAAUUUUGGCGCCCCCGCUGACGGCACAAAUAACGUCACAACGCCGAACAAUGAUUGA